AUGGACGACAUUGAAUAUCGAGGAACAGCUCCCAGCAGCAUUCACACAACUCCCUCUCAACGACAAGCCGAACCACCCUCUGAAAAUACCAAGAAACGUGUCCAAGCCGCAGAUCCUAACGAUGGACGCUGCUUGAUCGAAAAUCGCCAUCCAGACCAUGCUAUCCAGUAUGCGCAUUGCCUGCCCCGUGCCCUAUCCAAUCACCACAAUUUCAUGACCAGUCUUGAAUGGCACUGGAACUUACAGUAUCAUACCUUGAACCUCAACACUCGCUACAACAUUUUUCGACUCGGAGCUACUUUGCACGCCUUAUUUGACAACCAUUUCUGGAUCCUUGUCCCAGAAGAACGUGUAGUCGACAUGUACCACAGCACCCUCACCAAUAUCACAGUCUCCCCGACUGCUCAUCGAAAUAACUUCCCACUCUUUAACGGCAAUGAGCCAUUCAAAUACAAGCUAUUCCCAAUACCUGGUAAAAUGGACAGCAUGGCCGUCUGCGUCCAGCACGUUGUGCGCAGCCCCCCUCAAGUGGAAGAUUUCACUAUUCACCUCCAUCCUUUCCAAAAUAUUCCUUUCCUUCUGAGUCACAUACGACCCCACUUUGUCAUUGCCCGAGCCGGUAGGACGCUCCGCAAGGUAGACACCCGUCUUUCCAUGACCUUGUCAGCGGAGCACCCUCUGCUGGUGAAGGUAGUGACUUUAUAUGAUGCGUGGACCAGGGGAUUACCGACUGAUGUGCUGGAUGACGAGAGCUUUAAUCCCCCUCCCCCCGAAGGUGACGAGGACAACGAUGAGGAUGAUGCCUCAAGUGAGGACAGGACAGCACCGCAUCGUGACAAAAAGCGCAAACUCCACAGAGGCUCUCCAACAAGAGGCUCAAGCCGGGCUACCCAACAGGAAUUGAGUCUUGUCCAGCAGGGCACUCUACGAGCACACCAAGAAUUCUGGCAAGCAAUGUUGGUCACCCGAAGCAAUCCAUGA